ACACACACACACACACGCAAAUUUUUUCUGUAAAUACACUUACAACCCACAAGGCUUGUAAGCAAAGUGUAUCAGUAUUUCCAAUGCAGCAAUCUGAACUAUACACACGUUAUUGCCACGGGUAGCUAUGGUGACUAAGUGCCAUAAGUGUGGGUUCAAAUGUUUUUUUUCCAUAGGCAACAACGGUGAACGGAAUUAGUCAAGUAACUUAUUUGCCUAAAUCUAGAAUUAAUUAUUUAGUCUUUAGUCUUUAUUUUUAUCUCGAGCUUACACUGUAAAAAAUAAGUUAAUUAUGCGAGUCAAUUCAACCUACUUUUUAAAGUUUUGACUUGUUAUAUGUUGACAUAACUUAUAAAAGCAAGUUGAAAUUGUUAAACAUUAUUUGUAAAGUUAAAAAUAUAUGUUGAUACAAUAUCAUUUUUUUUUAUAGUGAUACGAUUUUUAUUUUAAAAACCUGAUGGAUUGGUACAUGGUUUAUCAGACUAUUAAAACGUAAGGGGUCCUGUACACUGUAAAAAAUGCAGCAUAAAGACUUGGUUUUGCAAGUCAAUUCAACCUAUUUUAAGUUUUGACCUGUGAUAAAUUGACAUAAUUUAUAAAACAAGUUGAUAUUGUUUAACUUAAUUUGUUAAGUAACGUAAAAAAAUAAAUGCUGAUUUGACAAAAAUGCUGCAUUUUUUUCAGUGAAGAGCUCAAUAGUGGAGCACUGCUUUAACAAUGCAAAGGGUGAUGGGUUUGAAUCCAUGAAACAUAUAUGCUGAUAAAAAAUGUAAAAAAAAAACUUGCGCUGGAAUGCAAAUUGCUUUUAAGCGUGUGCAAAAUCAUGUUUAAAUCUUAAAAGAGAAUAAAUGGUUUACCUUAUGGCACCCUUUAUAGAAAUUUGUUUAGUUUUAGAACUUAGAUUUAAGGACGUUCAACUAUACCACGUGGACUAUGACCUUUCUGUAACAGGUUCAACUAAAAGGGGCGGAAAAAGAAACCCAUCCCCUCCUUUACCUCUUUCUUCUUCGAUGUGUCAUUUCUCUGUGGGUGUCCAAAGCUUAUUAAAAGAACGAAAAGAGGAUCUAAGAGGCCACGUUCUAUUCAGUACUUUUGGAAAAUGAGCGUAAACUUGACUAACAACACAUGCAGUGAAAUCGUAUGGACGCAGCGGUUUCUGGUAUCGUCUAUCGUGUACGCACUGGUGCUGGCCGUGGGUCUGCCAGUCAACGCGGUGUCACUGUGGGUCCUGUUGCGCAGACACGGGCUCCGGUCACCGAGCGCCGUGCUGAUGAUCAAUCUCGCCGCGUCCGACAUGCUGCUCGCGCUCUCUCUGCCGCUUCGCGUUUACUUUUACGCAACGCUCCGGUGGCCUUUUGGAACGGGUAUGUGCACCGCUGCCGUCAUGAUGUUUCGGAUCAACAUCAGGACCAGUUGUAUUUUCAUCACUUUAAUCAGUUUGGACCGGCUUCUGGCCCUGGUCUUUCCUCUGCGCUCCCGGUCUCUGCGCACCUCCGGGUUCGCAUCCAAGUUCUGCGGUCUGGUCUGGAUCUUAAUUACCAUCUUGUGCAUCCAGGAGAGUAUAAUUUACAGCCGCGCACUGAACAAAUCGCUAUGUGGCUCUAAUAUUUUUUGUUUUGAGGUGCAAGUUGAGGGCUCAGAACCCGUCGCGAUUGGUCAGGCAUCAUUUUUCUUAAUACUCCUGGUGAUCAACAUCAUAUCCACGGUCAUGGUCAUAUGCGCACUGAGGAAACGUCCCAGUGUGGACGCGGCAAAGGUGAAUAAUAAAAUGAGCGUGAUACUUAUUUUUGUUGUUAACAUGAUGGUGUUUAUUGUGUUUAUCUUGCCAUUCUCCUUACAACUCAUGAUGGUCACCUUAAAAAACGAGGAACUGGAAUAUAAAACAGGCAGAGAAGUUUUACGCGCACUGAUCUGCCUGGCGAGUGUCAACUGCUGUUUGGAUCCGCUUAUUUAUUACUUCUCUCUGGACUCGUUUUGGCAGGACAAAAGCAAAAGUCAAGGGUAUGCGACGACGCAUUCUCUUAGUAAGUCAAUGGAGAGGUCAUGAAACUUCUAAAAGCGAUGUGGACACAGUGGUGCAUCACCUGCUCUCUGGUUAGUGUAGGCUAACAUAUUUUUGACCUUGUAUGUGAAAUCCAGGCUUAAGACUCAAAAUCUAAUUGAGAUUAAUCGUUACUUUAAUUUCAAUUUUUGACAUGGCACAUUGAAGAUCUCUUUCACUGAAUGUUCUUUACAUUCUAUAGGAUGAUAAAUCACUGAAAAUGACUUUUCACAGAUUUAAUAAUGCAUAGGAGAGACUAGGGGAAGUUAUUACAAUUUAUCCAUUUUACACUGUUUUUAGUCCAAAUUUUUGGAUAAAAAUGUAUGGUAAAUGCCUAAAUGUAAGUGUUUAAAGCCAACAUACAAAAACACUAUUAAAACGUUUAAACCUUACAGGUAUUGUAUCCCCGGUCGCCCCUAUAUAUUUUUAUUUGUAUCAAUUUGUAAGAAAUGUGUUAUGAUGUUUUAUACUUUGGAUUACUGCAUUGAUAUUUUGGUCCAGAAUCCCACAAAGAAACAUUUUUUUAUUUUUAUGAAAGCAAACAUGCAUUGCCCAGAUAUCUAUAAAAUAUGUACAUACAUCUGAAAGAUUAAAUAUUAAAGUAUACCUUUUUUAAUAUCUUUGUACAUUACCAGUCAGAUCUUUCAGAUAAUUUUGAGAUAUGUAUAAAAUGUGAAUCUUUUAAAUGUUUAAUAUUUGUACAAGAUAAUGUAAUGUAAGAUAAUGUAUAUGUGGUGGACUGAAAGUCAUACUGUAUGCCACAUAGAGCUUUUUUUUAACUUCCUGUGAAACCACCCAUUCUCACCACAGAACAAAUCAUCUUCCAUCAUCAGUUUACACUAAACUGUUAAAACAGAGAGUUAUUGUAAAGAAAACUAACAUUUAAUGGUUUACACAUACACAUACUGUAGAAAGUUUACAUUCUCUAUUUUUGGGGCGGAAAGAAACGGGCCUCAAAAUCAAAAUAUUGAAUUCCUCUUAACUUCAGAGGAACUGAAACUUGUGCAUAUAUAUUUUUUAUUUUUAGCUGCAAGCAGCAAAAAAACUUAUAACUCGACAUAAAUGUAUGUGUUUUAACAAAUGUUGUUUAAAUAACCUAUUUAUAUUUAUGUUUGACUUAUCAGUCAGCAGCUUGUAUUGGUAUUUAGCUUGGAAAAAUAUUUAAGCUAAAAGAUGAAGUGUUAAAAGAUUAACAGAUGGAAAAGGAGCGUUUGUGGGAAAAUAUUUAAAUGCUUGUGAGAAACAAAACAUGUUUACAGCAUGUUACUCUGUUACUGUAUAUAUGUUCAUUUACCUCUGGAGUUAAAUAACGCUGCUUAAAGUGUUCUUCACAGUGAUGCCAUAAGAAUCAUAUUUUAUUGUUUGUUUUCUUCUUUAUACCUAACAUCUUAUUUAGUUUUUCUUUUCAUUGUCUCCUUUGGUUUCUUACUACAGAAUCUGUAUGGCCCUUUUCUUUGCAAAGCUGCUUUGGAAUCAAUAUUAAAGAAGUAUUAUGCAAAGCGUUAUACAAAUAAAUAGCAUUUAAACUGAUCAAUCACUGCAUUUAUCAUUAUACAUUCUUCAUGCUAUCGCAGAGGUCUUCAACCUUUUUCAGGCCAAGGACCCCUUAAAGGCGGGGUGCAUGAUUCUUGAAAAAAACUUUGGAAAAGGGAGUCGGCCGAGUAACAACCAAUCAGCAGUAAGGGGCGUGUCUACUAACCAACAUCAUUGACUGGGUUGCGUAUGUAUGGGGCGGAUCUAUCCAAAGAUGGUCCAGAUUCUGUUGGGGUAGGGGUGUGUUUGUUUACAUGAUUUCAAAUGUCAAUACUGGCUUUCAGAGAUCAUGCACCCUGCCUUUAAUGGAUAAAGAGGGGGACCAGGGACCCCCAAGUACUGUACAUGUAUCAAAUUAAGACUGGAUUCAUAAAGUAUGCUGUGAUGUUUACGUUACAAAGAUAUUUAAAUAAUUAUUUUUGAUAAACACAUUCUGUUAAAAUACAUAAUUUACUCAAUAGAUUUUAACAUGGGAACCUUCAUCUUAUCAAAUUUUUUAUUAUUAGCCUUUUAAUGUAUUUGUAUUUGUUGUUUCAUUUCAUUUUUUUUUAAUUCAAACAUUAUUUGGAGGACCCCUAGUAAUACCAUCAGGGACCCCUAAGGGGCCCCGGACCCCCGUUGAAAUCGUAUAUAUGUAUAGAUUGUGAUUCAUUACGGUCCAUUUUACAGUACUGUAUAUACAAAAUUGUUUAUCUUAGCAUUACCACCAACCUCAUUACGAACCUAUGGUGUUUGUGAGAAAAUGUUUAGAUCAUCAUUUCUAAACAUGAUUUAAGAGUUCUGUAAACUGUUUAGAUAUCGUGAACUCACACAUUUUCGUUUGUGAUGCAAUGCUGUUGCAAAAAAAAAAAAAAACAGGAAGAUUGUCAUUUCUGGAAGUGAUGUUAUAUAUAACGUAAUGUACAAUAAUCAUUACAUGCCAGGGUACGGCCAGAAGAGAGAAACAAUUCUGUUUCUCGGUUGAAAAUUUAAAUAGCUUCAGCAUUUAUUUUAUUCCUCUCCAACAGAAAUCAUUU